AUGGAGUUGAGUCGAAGAUUUCGAGGAUGUUUGGUGAUCUUCGGUGGUGUUUUGGUGCAUUUGUCGCUGGGCACAGUCUAUACAUUUGGCAACAUGACACCCUAUGUGACGUCAUACAUACGGGAAUACAGCUCGCCCGCAGACCUGACCUAUGCAACUAGCAUCUGGAUUUUUGCUAUGUCGGGCAUGGGCCAGGGUCUGUCUAUGUUUCUUGGUGGCUUGCUGUGUCAGAAGAUUGGUCCGCGACUCACAACUCUGUUAGGCAGUUUAUUCAUGAGUCUGGGUGUUUUACUAACGUAUUUCACAAUAAAGCUGUCGUUUGCCGUUGUCGUCAUUACCUAUGGCUUGAUGUUUGGUUUUGGUGUUGGCAUUGCUUAUGCCAUUCCCAUAGCUUGUGCAAUGAGGUGGAUGCCUGAGAAGAAAGGCUUGGUCAGUGGUUUUGUGGUCGCGGGUUUCGGGGGUGGAUCGUUCAUCUUUGAUCAAAUUCAGACCGCGUUCAUCAACCCGGAGAAUAAAUCACCUCAACACGAAGUUGAUGGUGUCAAAUAUUUCACCAAGAAGGAUGGCGUCCUUGACAACGUUCCAUACAUGUUUCUGGUGAUGGGAGGUUGCUAUGCAGCAAUGCAGCUGAUUGGCUCAAUGUUAGUCGUGUUUCCACCCAGUGAGGUAUUUAACAAAUGGCUCAAUGUUAGUUGUGUUUCCACCCAACAGAGAAUCAAGAAAUUACUGUGGAACCUACGUCAAUCAAACUUGGUUUAUAGCUACACCUAUAGAUGUUCACAAUUUUUUUUUAUGGUAAGCGAGGCAUUUAUUUCCAUGGAACUUUUCUCUCUUUUUUUUCAGACUGUGACUUGUACAUACAGUCCUGUGAAUGUAUUAAAUGUAGCCAAAUCGAGUGAAAAUAAAGCGUUGCUAAGCGACGAGGAGUGUAAUUCCGAUGAAGAGCGGUACACUGAGUCUCAGGAGGGGGUGUCGAAAGAUGUUGAGGCGAAAUCCCUUUCUGUAGAGAGACCCAAAGAUGAAAGUAUGACGUUACGACCAACACAAAUAUUAAAGGAGAAAUCUUUCUAUAUACUGUGGACGAUAUUUUUAUUGAAUGGACAAGGGAUCAUAUUUAUAUCAACAUUAUACAAGGCCUAUGGACAGACAUUUAUUAACGACGAUGUCUUCCUUGCUUUGGUUGGAGCCUUUGCUGCAGUCUUCAAUGCUGCUGGUCGAAUUAUGUGGGGGCAUUUUGCAGAUAAAACGUCAUUUAAAGUUGCCAUGAUGUGUAACUGUGCAGUGUUCACCAUGCUCAUGUUAACGAUUGGUCUGACCAGCGUGGCAGGGAAGGCGAUGUUCUUCAUCUGGGUGUGUCUCUUGUUCCUCACGUUCUCCGGCAGCUUCUCCCUGAUGCCCACCGCCACGGCGCGUUCCUUCGGACAGACUCACUACGCGGUCAACUACGGACUCCUGUUUACAUCUCAGGUGAUAACGAACCCAAUAGGUGCGAUUCUCACGUCUCAGCUGAAAGCUGUCAUCGGCUGGUACGGCAUGUUCUUCAUGGUGUCAGCAUUCUCAUUCGCAAGUCUUCUUAUGACGAUGACGUUUAAUGUGAAGAAUUGUCAAGGGAAGGAUAUUUAGAAUGUUAUUGUUAUAUUGCUUCUACAAACAUAUCGGUUGUUAUCAUGUUAUUAUAUUUUAUACUGUUACAUUGAUGUAACUGAAGCAGUGUUUCGGCAGUGAUCUGCAGGAACACAGACAAUCAAAACUAAGUAUCAGCAGGCGUGGAUUCAGGCGGGUGCCCAAGGGUCCUGCCCCACCCACCCUAUUUUUGGUCAAACAAUAUAUAUUAUACAAUACACAAAAAAUGCAAACUUAUCCUGUUCACCUGACAAGCACCUUUUAAAUUCUAUUUUUAUAAACAACAACAGAUUUUGGUCCCACUCUAUUAAAGAGACAUUCCUGAGUUUCCUGCAAUGUUUAAGAUUUUAUCAACUAACAGAGACUUUUUAACGACUGUAAUUGCAUAUCAGAUAUAUU